CAAAUUCAACCGGUAAUCUGUGGCCUCACACAUCUGAUUCGGACUUGUAUUCAGAAACAUGACUUUGUGAUUUAUUGUUUAUAUUGAUAUUGAUUAGUGCUAUCAAACAAAAUGACAGAAGAAGGGUCUACCGUUGCAAGCAAACGGAUUGGCUAUCGUCAUGUGCAAGUGUUCCUGCUGUUCCUUGGGAUGGCUCUGGCCUUCGGGAUGAGGGUGAACAUGAGCAUCGCCAUCGUGGAUAUGACUGCCCCACCUAGUAUGGAUUGGGAGGGAUACACAUAUUUAGCCUGGCCGAUCUCCACACAAGGGGUGGUUCUGUCCUCCUUCAUUGUGGGCUAUGUGAUCUCCCAGGCCGCGGGUUACGUCCUAGCUUCGCGGUUCGGGGGGAAACUUCUGAUGACAGUCGGGGUAGCCGUCAGUGCUGGUCUGUCCGCCUUCAUCCCUCUAGGUGCGUAUGAUGGCGGAUGGCUUUUGAUAUGCUUUUGCCGCGGCAUACAGGGCCUGGCGCAAGGGACCAUGAUACCAGCUGUUCAUCACCUCUUGGAAAACUGGAUUCCAGAAAAAAAUAGAAGACUUAUGGAAACUUUAAUAAUUGUAUGCGGUAUGCAGCUAGGAGCAGCAUUCCAGUUUUUAAAAUCAGGUUUCAUCAUAGUAUACUGGGGGUGGGAAACAACUUUCUUCAUCAACCUCAUCACCGGGGUGGUUUGGUGUGUCAUCUACGUAAUAUUUGGAUCAAGCUAUGCUGCAACUUCUAGAUUUAUCAGCGAAGAAGAAAAAGUUUAUAUUCAGGAUCAUUUGUCGCAAGAGACUGAACGCAAGAAUCUCAAAAUGCCCUGGCAAUCUCUGUGGACCUCGUUGCCAGUUUUUUCCCUGGUGUUGGCUUGCUGUGCCCAACAUUGGGGCCUGUGGACAAUCAUGACUAUGAUGCCGAUAUAUUUGAGCCAGGCUUAUAAUGUUGAAAUUGAUUUGAUUGGUGUCAUCAUAGCUGCAUCUUACUUCGCAAUGUUUCUAAUGGUGUUUCCAUUCCAAUGCGCAUCAGACUGUAUUAUCAAGAGGAAACAUCUGAGUGCUACAGUUACUAGAAAGAUUUUUAACACUAUUGGUUUCGUUGGACCAGCAGUUUGUUUAAUAGCAAUGGUGUACAUAGCAACUGAUCUCAAAGUUACCGCCUCACUACUCAUUUUAUUCAUGGCGCUCAACGCCGGACAGUAUUCUGGAUUCAUGUCUAGUCACGAAGAGAUGGCUCCAAAUUUUUCAAACAUUUUGAAAAGAACUACAGUCGGCUUUGCUGAUGUUGUGUCAAUAUUUGCGCCUCUCAUUGCUGGAGUGAUGUUGGAAGACCAUAGUGAUUUAUCCGAUUGGCGCUAUGUUUUCAACUUGAGCGCAGCUUUAUAUUUAACUGGAGGAGUUUUCUACAUCGCAUUUGGAACAAGUAUGAAGCAAAUAUGGAACGAGAAAGGUUCGUCCAUCGUUGAAGGAGGAGCAGAAGAAAACAAAUAAUUCUUCGAUAUAAAAUAGUCCCAACAAAAAUUUCGCCUGCAUCGUCUGUCGCAGUUCUUGCUCACUCUGUGUUAAAUGUAUUUUACAAUACUAUUAAGAUUAAAUUUAGAUUAAGUCUUAA